AUGCGAUUACAAGCUAUAAUUUGCCAAAAGUAUGAAGCUCUCAUUCUUGAAAAUUUUUAACGGUCCUGAAGAAGUUGGGAGAGGCAGGUGGACUUGUAGAAACGUACAAAGUCGAAGGUGAAGGAUUGAAAUAUGAGAUAUCAAUCUGAAAACAUGCAAAUAGAGUUUUAAAGCAGGUACUGGAAGCUGUGGUACUGCCAGUGGAUGAUCUAAAUCGGAAACUAAUAUCCAAAAAUGAACAAAAAGGCUCCUUAGGCUCUGAAAAUGCUACAUUAUUAGAUAAGAUUGAGCUGGCAGAUAAAAUUGCUAGGGAUCUCAGAGCUGAAUCUGACCUGUACUUGAAAAUAGCAAAUGAAAGGUCAGCUGAGAAUGCAAAGCUGGUGGCAGAGAAUGAAAAUCUGGAGGCUGAAAAGGAAGCAGCUACUAAACAGAUGGUCGAUCUGGUCAAGAGAUGUUUAACGUUUGAGGAAGAUGCCAACACCCUGAAGUCUGAAAUGCAAGGGAUCACAUUGAAGAUGGAAGUGCACGAGAAACACCCAUCGAAAAACUGAUGACAGAAUGUGUAACUCUUGAAAGAUGAAAAAUCAAGACUACUGGGCGAAAAUUAAGGCUUGAACUCGCAGACGAGACCCAUCGGUGAUGAGAGAGCGUCAUUUUCUUUGGAGCACGAUGAGGCUGUCAAUAAGUUAAAAAAGAUUCAAGAGAACGCGGACAUAGUGUCAAAAGAGUUAGAAAUAUCAAAUAUUGAGAAGACUGAGCUGCAGGUUAAGUAUGAUGGCCUCAAUACGGAAUUAGAAGGCCGCCGCUACCUGUGAAGUGUCCGACCUGAGGAAGAUAAUACGAGCAUUACGAGAAGACAAGUCGGCAGCUUCCAUAGAAAAUUCCGUCCUUUUGAGCAGGACACUAGCAUUUGAGAAUGAGAUGCAUGAGUUAAAGGCCGAUAAAGAACGCCUCGAAAGUGAUAAUUCUGUCUUAAAGGAGAAAAUUGAUGAUCCUGCUCACAAACUAGAAUCUGUCGAAGAAGCAAAAAACAUGCUGGAAUCAGAGAAAGCAUCGGCACUAACCAAACUCGGGGAAUCAGAAAGCAGCCUAAAAAGGAUUAUAGAUGAAGCAGAACAACUGAGGAAGGAGAUUCGUGUAUUUCAUAAGGAUCAGCUUGACUCACAAGUUAAGCUGUCUGAUCUUGAAAAGCAGUUUCAGGACAAAGAGGCCGACUUCUUAUCUCUUGAGCAGAAGCUUAAUGAUGUUCAAAAUCUGGAAGUCGAGAUCCGCCUAUCCAAUCGAAAGCUUAAGAUAACCGAAACGGAAAGCAAGGAAAAGGAAGAGAUUACAAGAGGAUAGUGGAGGCAUUGCAUGAAGAACGCAGAAAGCUAGAAGAACAGUCAUCGACCUUAUAAUCCAGAAUUAAUAUCAUGGAGGGCGAGCUCCGGCAAGUAAAGGGAUGAUGGAUCCCGGAAUAGAGCCUCUGGGUAGGGCCUUUAAUGAUCUGGAGCUAAGACUGGAGGGCGACUGCCGGCACAUCCACACCCACAUUUCCGAUUGCUCCAAUGAUGCCAUCUUGAUGAAGAGGUGGAUAAAGACGUUGAUUCAGUCCGAAGAAGGAUUGAAGGUUGAGAAGAGGGAACUGGGGAUGAGGCUGAACUACAAAGGAAGAAUCAUCUCCAUGCUGAAAGAUGAAUCCGCCCUCCUUCGAUCAAAGCUUGAUGCGAAGAUGAAAAAGCAGGAAAGACUGGCGCAGAGGGCUUCGAUCUGGAGAAGAGAGAGAGACAAUCGAAGGUGGAGCUGUUUUCCAUGGACGAGGAGACGAGGGAGGCCAUAAGGCAGCUGUAUCUUUGGGGAUGAGAACUGCGACCACGUCCGCAAGCUCAUCUUUGCGACUCUCAAUAGAAUCAGGCGCAGAUCAUGA